GCAGAGGCGGCGGCGGCGGACCCAGGGGCGCCCUCUCGUCCUCCUCCUCCUCCUCGCUGCCUUCCCGGGUCGGCCAGGCCGGCGUGGGCGCCCCCCACCACCACCCUCACCCCGAGGAGCUGGAGGAGGAGGCCGGCCUGGGCGAGGGCGACCCCGGCGACUCCGCCAUCGAGGACCCGGAGCUGGAAGCCAUUAAAGCCAGGGUACGAGAGAUGGAGGAGGAAGCCGAGAAGUUGAAAGAGUUGCAGAAUGAAGUUGAGAAACAGAUGAACAUGAGCCCCCCACCCGGCAACGCUGGCCCAGUCAUCAUGUCUUUAGAAGAAAAGAUGGAAGCCGAUGCCAGAUCUAUAUAUGUAGGAAAUGUAGAUUACGGGGCCACGGCAGAAGAAUUGGAAGCCCAUUUCCACGGCUGUGGUUCUGUCAACCGUGUGACCAUCCUGUGUGACAAAUACACGGGCCAUCCCAAGGGGUUCGCCUACAUUGAAUUUUCCGACAAGGAGUCAGUACGGACUUCCUUAGCACUUGAUGAGUCCCUCUUCAGGGGGAGACAGAUCAAGGUGAUUCCCAAACGGACCAACCGGCCAGGCAUCAGCAGCACAGACAGAGGCUUUCCCAGGACUCGGUACCGAGGGCGAGGAUCCGGCUACAGCAGUUCCAGGGCCCGUUUCUACAGUGGCUUCAGCAGCAGGCCGCCCCGUGGGCGUGCUUACAGGGGCCGGGCCCGAGCGACCUCAUGGUAUUCCCCUUACUAAAAACAAAACAAAAAAAUGUGUGGUUUUUUAGGAAGGAGGAAAAAAAAAAAAAGGAAAAAAAAUGAAGAUUGUUACCAUGAUGAAAAAAAAAAAGAUAUAUAUUAUAUAUAUAUAUACAUAUAUAUAUAUACUGUUGGUGGGAGGAGGAUGUUUUGUACGCUGUGCAGAGAAAGAGGGUUGACAUAUACCGGAGGGAGGGAAGAGAGAAAGAAAGAAAGAAAGAAAAAAAAAAAUUGUGGGACAGCCAAGCUGUUGUUCAAACACCUGGUAGUAUUGUUGAGUUUCCCUCUGCACCCUUUCUUCCCUUUUGCAGAUUUUGGGGGGUGGGUGGGAGGGUAUUCUUCCUCUGUGUAUUUACGUGGGGGGGGGGGAGAGAGAGCGCCACGGCUGGGGGAGGGUGUCCCCUUCCUCUAUGAAGUUCUGUGAUUCUCUUGUUUCUCUCCCGCUGCAGCCUCGCUUCAUUGUGUCUCUUUGCGCGCCUCUGUGCAUUUAUUUCCCUGCUUGGUUCCCGCUGCCUUUUCCGUUGCUUUGCCCUGCUCUUCUUUCCUUCCUUCCUUCCUUCUUUCCUUCCUCCAACCCAGACUAGCCAGGAAGAAGCUGGCAUUCACGGCUUCGUCGAUACUUUUCCAGACGUCCCUCGCCCGAUCUAUUGUUUCCACCCGGGGACAUCCUCAAAAUGCCCCAUCCCGUUCUGGCCGGAGGUUGCAAAAAUCCCUGCCACUUAACUCUCCAAUUUACCCUUUCGCUCCAAUCACGGAAUUUUGUCCUGCACCCAAACACAUCGUUCUCAAAAAAAAAAAAAAAAAAAAGACUGAUUCCUGUUUUAAAAAACGGGGGUUCCCUCCUUUCCUUCCUUCCUUCCUUCCUUCUCCCGCCAUACAGGUCGUAGGCGUUCCCGCACCCCUCCUUCCUCCUCCAUGCGUGUGUCUCUUCUGGGGGCGGGGUUGUUAUAUGCCUUGUUUGAGUGUCUUUAUCUUUACAGAUUCCUUUAUUUUUUAGCCUGAAGAAAUACACACCGAAACCUGACGCUGUAGAGAACCAGGGGCAGGGGGCGGGUGGGGAAAAAAACACCACCCCAGAGGGGUUUUUUUUGGGAGGGAGGUCGCUGGCUGUUAGGAACUGCCAGAAUGGCUUUUUUUUUUAAAAAAAAAAAUAUUAAAAAAGGGGGAGAGAAAAAAAAAAGAGGGGAAAAAAUAUUCCAAGGUUGAAGGGAGGGUAAAACAGAGGAAGAAGCAGAAUGUUAUAAGGGUGGAAAAAAAAA